AAAAGGUGCGCCGCAAGGCAAGCACAGAGCUCAGGAUGUUUGUAAACAUUUGGCAAAAGCAUGAGGCCAAGCACAACCAAAACGUGCCUGCACAAAACAACUUAACUUCCGGAGUGCAAUAGACCUUGCAAGCAAGGUGAUAUUAUGCCCUGCGAGAGCUGUGGUGGUAAUCCAAAAGGUCCUUUCAACCCUCGAGUUUCUAUUAGUUCUAUCCAGGACGCUUUCAAGGAAUACCAUGGACGAGGAACAUUACACAUAAACCGGUCCCAAGUUCAACAAGUUCUUUCCGAAGGGGAAAAAGAUUUGAAGGAUUAUGACAUGGAGAUAGCCCGAUUACAGGCCCGAGUUCUGUUUUUUGGACGGAAAAAAGAUCGCUUGCAGGCUCACUUGAGCGACUGUGCCUCCCUCAUUUCUUCCAUCCGUCGAUUACCAGACGACAUUUUGCGUAUCAUUUUUGACUACCAUGCUUGCGGGCCAUUAAUACCUGGCGCCGUCUGCUCUCACUGGAGGGCAAUUGUUCUCUCCACUCCUUCGCUGUGGUCUCAAAUCACAUUUCUGUUUGACACCAGACGACCAUCGGCAGUGACGACAAAUGCACUACAACUAUACCUGGACCGUUCUAAAGAAUCCGCUUUACACAUGGAGAUCUUCGUGUCGCAUUUCGGCACAGGUCAGCCCUUGAGCAUCGACUACUUUGAACAUCAAGCGUUUCAGUAUCUAGCUACUCAUGCUCAUCGGUGGAAAACCCUCGGAUUGACUAUCGAAACCUCACUCGGUUUCCUUGAGCGUCAUUCAGUCUUGUCCUGUCCAGAACUCGAACAUCUUACUCUAUACGGAUCUCACCUUGAAGGUCCCUCGCCUUCAUUCAACCUUACCCUCAUGCCAAAGCUUCAUUCUCUCACCAUCGACAGUUCAUAUACACACUAUGUUCAUCCAAGCGUCCCUUGGCACCAAAUCACGAGGCUCUCACUAAACAGCUUGAGCUCUGUUCCCCAAUUUCUGGUUGCCUGUCCCAACCUACUGGUGUUUCACAUUGAGCUCAAGCCGAACGAGUCAAACCCAAUCCCAGAUGACGUACAGACAUUGACAACACAUGACGGACUCUCCAAAUUAGCAUUGUCCUUUUUCCAAACGGCUCCUGACGAGGACGAGGACGAUGAUGAUGACGACCUCGUCUCGAAUCUUGAUAUCCUCAUCUCGAUUCUGGCCCGACUUGAUCUCCCUAAUCUCAAUUCCUUCCAACUUGUGGCUAGUACACGAAUAAACAGGUAUCCCCUUACCGAUUGGUCAGUCGAGGCACUAGCAAUUUUCACGAGUUUUAUGGAACGGUGUGGCGGUCAUCUUACAGUCCUCAAUCUCAUGGACCUUUCCAUGGACCUCUCUAACCUGCUCAGCAUUCUACGAAAGGUUCCCUCUCUUGUCGAACUCACCCUCAGCGACAGCCCCCUUAGCAAAACGUCUGUGGGAGGACGUUCACGUUUAUAUUUACCUCCGCUAGUGUCUUCUGCGUUUUUGAGAAGCCUUCACGCGUUUCGUCGAUUCGAUGGACUCUCACCUGCAAGCCCGCUACUACCCAAAUUACAAAAACUCCGCCUUCAGGUUGACAAGGAGUUCGACGAGGAAGUUUUCGUCGACACAAUUUCGUCUCGCUGGAUUCCUUCAGAUGAUUAUGCACAAGAAGUUGGCGUCACCUCCCUUCAGAAAGUCGAACUUCGAUUCGGUGAUGAAUUUUUCCACACGUUUGACUUGGACACAGUCAAGUCAAUGACGAAACUUUCCUCCCUAAAAGUCCUUUGGAAGCAGGGGAUGAAAGUAGACGUUAUUUGUGGUGGGAUAUAUGUCGAUCUGUAAAUUCACCGAUCCUAGAUGAGAGCAAACGCUCUCGUCGACCUGGCUACUAUCCUACCUGUAUUUCUUCAUAAAGGUUUCAUGGUCACUUUCGUAAAAUUUAUCGCGUUUCAGAUCACGUUAACAGCGCCACAUCUGCUACACAUGUGACAAUCCUACCAUCAACCAACUUGAACUCAUCGAUCAUCCUUGACGCCGACGUACAGAGCAGCAAUUCCAC